GGAGCAGGACGGCCUCAGGCAGCGGCGAGCCGGGCGGCACCAGUGCCACGGGCGUUCUUCACUUCUGCUUGAAAUGGCCAAGCAAAAUUCUCCAUCACUAGCUGAAGUUGUAAAACGAGUUGCAGAGCAGCAGCAGUCACAGGUGUCAGACAUAGAAAAAAGCAAAACAGUUCUUUUCCAAUUGCAGGCAAAGUGCCAGGAACUAGAAAGAGAAAUGAAUUCUAUUCUGUUAGAAACAAAGACAACAGAAAGGGAAAUACAUCUGCAAGAUGAUGCCAUAGAAGUGACAAAAUAUCGCUGUGAAAAUCUAGAAGCCCAAGUCAGAGCCCUGUAUUCUGAAAAUUUAAAAUUGAGGUGUGAGGCAGAAACAGUACAAGAGGAGUUUGAGAUGAUACUUGCAAGAAAUAAUGAAUAUCGGGAAAAAAUAAAGGAUCAUAAACAUCUUUUUUGGGAGAUGGAAAGUAAAUUGCCAGUUAUGAUUGAACUUGCUAAAAAGAAAGCAGUUGUGGAAGAAUUAAAGGCAAAGAAAGAGGAGUUAAUAUGUGAUCUCCAGAAUCCAGAAGGAUCUGUUAUAAAACAAGUGCAGGAAGAAAUCACACUUUUAAAAAGUGAAAUCACAACAUUGAGAGAUUUCAUCAAUAAAAAAAGAGAUCUGUUGGAAGAAGAGAACAAAAAGCAUGCUAAGCUUAGAAAGGAAAUUGAGGUACAGAAUAAGAGAUAUGAUGCUAUAUUAAAACGUUUGCAUUGCCAACUGAACAAAGUCCAGUCAAAUAAAAGACAAUGGCACUGGAACAUUCAGCAGUUGGAGAAGAAGGCUGCAGAACUAAGGAAGUGUCUUGGAGUAGCAGAGUUACAAAACAUUAUGUAACAAACUUAACAAAGAUAUAAUGCACGUAAUCUUUUCCAGGCAGGAGAGUUUUUUCUGGAAAUGCUACAAAUCUUAAAUAGCCUGAUAACUAGGCCAGGCCUCAGUGAUUUCUUUCUUUUUAAUGUUUUUCUCUUUCAUUUUGUGGCUUAAACUAAUAGCCACAAUAAUGAGCUGGCUGUUCAGGAAUAACUUAGCUGUUCAGGAAGAAAGUUACUGACACUUCCAGGUGUUUUCAAAAUAUGUGUCAUUUUUAUCUAAAAAGUUAUUUGAAAGUAAACCAAACAAGAUUUGGGAAGUUCCUUCAUAUUUCAUUUGGUCUCCGAAGGUUGGGAUAUACCCUGCUUUUCCUACAGAGAAAUUAAUAUUGGUAUCUAUUUGCACUCCUGAGACACCAAAGUUCUUUUAUCUUUUAUCCAUAUCCCUUUUUAUUGCAACUUGCUAAGGAACUGGGAAAGCUUUGAUGGCCCGUAUUUUGCUCUGCAGUCUGCCAGGAUGUUUUGGCAUGGGGGCCAAAGGCUGUCCAGGUGUAAAAGGCUUUGGAACAAGUAUGCUCAGAACUGGACUUCAAAUUAUCUGACUUCAACUGGCCUAAUAGAUGUUAGCAAAGAGGAGUGAGUAGUACCACAUCUGGUACCUAUAGCUUGUAAAAUAGAACAACUCGCCCUCAAGAAACAGGAAUACAUUGUAGAUUGAUGAUAGAGGAAUUUAUUGUCUAGAGGAUUUUAACUAAUAUCAGCCAUCUAACAUCUUGGUACUUAAUGAUCUAAGAUGACUCAACAUAAAUGCCAAUGUAUUAAAAAUUCUUGUUAAAACAGUAGUGAACAGCAGCCAUUUUCCUUUACUUUCUUUUUAUUUUUAUAUUGCUUGGGGGGAUUUGAAGAGUUCACAAUACUUUCCCUACUCUUACACUUUAAGGCAGUUGUUCUGCUUGGACAUAACUUGUAAUGUUUAUCUGUUCUAUGAAAGUAGCUUUUUAUUUAAGGUGUUGUCUUGAAUAAUUUAGAUUUACCUUUACUUAUGAAUAUAAAAUGAAGACUAUUGAAGAAUAUAAAAAUUGACUAUUUACUGUGAAAAAUUUUAAACUGCUUUUAUAUUGUUAUCUUAGGGUACCAUUCUUACCUUCAUAUAU